AUGAUCCUGCCCGCGCGCAACGCGCGGCGCAUGUUCGCGGAAUACGCCGGCGACUGGAGGAGCGCGGACUUUGACUUCACGAACUGCGGCCUCGACUCGGCCGCGGACGGCCCGGCGGAGGCGGAGCUGUCGCGCUCGCGGCUCCGGGCGGCGCGCUCCUCGUCGUCGAGCUUCCGGUCGCGGGAGCUCCGGGCCAGCGAGUCCGGCCGAUCGUCGGUGACCUUCGACGGGCCCGAGGGCGACGGCGCCGGCGCCGCCGCGAGCGACGGCGCCGCGGCCGCCGACGCCCGAGCCACCGCGAGCGACGCCGCCGCGCCCGCGGGCGACGGCGAGCAGACCAAAGGCGACGACGACGACGAGCGGGACCUCGCGACGGCGCGGCUCCGGGGCCUCUGGGGCCCCGAGCGGUCGAAGCGGCUCGGCCGCGAGCUCUCUGAGUACAGCACGGACAUGAUCGCCACGGUCUCCGACUCGCUCCUCGGCGCCUGCGAGGAGUCCUUCUACUCGCGGGCCAUGACGAAGUGCGCGCUCGAGCCCGCGCCGACG